GCAACAUGUUGAUAUACCACAACACUACAGGCAGCCGAUAAUACUUCAGCAUUUAGGAACACAGCAUUUCAUGAUAGGAUACUUGGCUUUGAGAUUAAUUAAUUAGAUAAAGCACCAUCUUGUCAAGGAGUUGAGAGACUCCUCUUUAUAGAGGUUAUGGUGGUGACUCCUCCAUGUCCUGUUUGCUUUGGGCAUCGAGGUACUAAGGUUCCAAAGCCUUAGGGAAUAAGAAGACAUACCUCCUCAAAACCUCAACUUUUGUUUAAGAUUUGGACACAGUUCAAUGAUGGCUGAUAUUAGCAAGAAAACCACUGGAAUGGAGAGCAAAAAUGUGCAGAAGUCUUCAAGAAGGCUAGAGUCUUUCAUCGCAACAAGUGAGCUUGCUAAGGCAGCUAGAAGCCGAGCACAAGCAGCCUUUUAUAGGCUGAUUGAAGAGGAUGUUACUCCUCGUGUCUUUCGAGAAGAGCUUCACUUCAUAAAUCCAGAAAUAUAUGAAGAUAUUAUUGCUGACCGAAGCAUUGCAGGAUUGUGUGGGUAUCCCUUGUGUUCAAAUUAUUUCAAAGACAAGUUUGGCAACAGAACGUACAUCAUUGUCAAGAAUACUGUCUAUGACAUUACUGUCAGAAAGAACUUUUGUUGUGACGUCUGUUAUGAGGCAUCAGAGAUCGUCUUGCGGCAGAUCCCAACCUCACCACUGUAUGUUCGAGAAACAAGUGUAGAAAAAAAAAUUCAGCUCCCAGCAAGAGCCAAGUUGUCUGGCUUGCAUGGGAAGAUUGUAGAUAUAACAGGCUUAGGGACUGGCUAUAAUAAAGUUCCCCAAAAAUCACAUAAGGCAAGUUUUCUUGUUGAUAACAUUGCCAGAGAGAGCCUGAUUCAGUGCACAGAAAAUAGUGGAUUGGAGGAACCCACUUCACAAGGGAAAGGCUGCAAUACAUCAAAAGCAGGAGAGACAUCUACAGUAGAGGCAAAUUUAAGAGAACCAAGAAGUGAAACUGAGGAUGGUAAAAAUAAACUGUCAGAAAACAUAAGCAAUGAAACACAAGUGAAAGCAGAUAUAGAUGUCAAAUCUAGUGAUAAAACUGAUGUGGAGAGCCUGAUCCAGAAAAUAGAAGAUAUUGGAUUAGAGGAAUCUACUUCCCAAGAGAAUGGUGGGAAGGACACAGAUCCAAGAAAUGACUCUGAAAAUAAGGAUCGGCUUGGAAGCAUUAACUCAGAAGGAGGGCAAGUGAAGUCAUGUGGGGAUGUCAAAUCUACUGAGGACGGUAUUAAGGGAAACAUGACAGAAAAUCCUUCACACUCCUUGUAUGAACUUUUGAUGCCAGUGUACCAAAUAGAGAAAGCAAUGAAAGAAUGGAUGUCCUUUGACUCCUUACGUGUCAUCCUUGGAGAUACAUAUGUUCGAGGGAUGUUGGAGCAUUUUGGACACUCGUGGCAAGAUUAUGAUACAACAUCAGGGCUCAAAUUAGGCAUUGAUGCAAGGGCGAAGUACAUCGCUCUCUGUCGCAAGUUGGAUCAGCAGGAAUUACAGGAAGAGAAAGAGAUGCUUCACCUUGAUGUAGAGAAUGAUUUUUCAAAGGCCCCCACAAAAGCCAUGCCUGACUAUGAGCAGCUGAAAAAAGAUGCAAGGAAACAAGAGCUGAAGGUUGUUUCAUUCCUGGGGGGAAGAGAACAGUAUGAGGAAGCAGAUGUGGAAGAGGAGGAAACGGGGAGAAAAAAAGGCCUUGAGUCCAUUCCGGAAGAGCAGUGUGACACCGAUAAACCUCCCAGGGUUGGGAAUCCAAGUGGAAUAGUUGCCAAAAAAGGAAAGGGGAAAAAGACAAAAAAGAAUGUGGAUGAGCUUGAGGUGGAGACUUCAACGCUUCCCUUGAUAGACUCGUAUUCCCAGAUGGCAUGGCGACAGCAGAUUGUGUUGGAGAAGACCAGUAAAUGUUUGAAUGAGAUCCUAGGAGUAACUGAUCUUGAUGGCGGAAAGGUUGGACAACUACUAAAGGCGGUGGUGAUCACACUCGACCUUGAAGCUCAUAAUAUAUCCUUCAGGCCGGGACAGUGGAAUUUAAUUAUGCUGAUAUUCAUGGAACUCUUAAGUGUCCGGUAUCCUGUUAUCAGUGCAGCCAUGAAGACUGAAAAGUAUUGUGAGCUUCAGAAAAACAUCAUAUCAGCUUUUGGGCUAGACUUAGGAUACAUGUCACGUAUUGUCACAUAUCUCACUGAAAUCCAGCCUAUAAUCAGUAAGAAUUAUAGAAAUACCAUUGAAAUCAAGGAAAAUAUAGAUAUAGCAAGAACAGUGUCUAAUCAAGAUGCAGAAACAAACAAUCAUAAAAAUUCAUCAGAUACAGUGAUUGCGGAUGGAAAACAGUGUAGAUCAGAAAAACUGAUUUCUAAGGUAAAUGAUUUAGCUGUAAAUUUAGAAAAAGUGAACACACAAGAAAAAAGUUGUUUCCUGCCUAAUAAAACAGAGCAGUCACUCAGACAAGAAAUGGACACCUCCGUGAAAAGUACUUCAAUCGAGGAACUUGACUAAAAGGGACUGCUGUGUAAUACUGUAUAUUUUGUAUAUUUCAAUUUGGAAAUCUUAUUUAUUUUUUGGGACCUAGAGGAAGUUAGCAAAAAUCUCAAAAUAAACAGAUAUAUAUAUCUAGUAUACUAGGUAUAGAAGUGGAUAUCGCUUUUUUUUAUAUAACAUUGUUCAAAAUAAAACUUGCAGUUUAAUAAAAAAAAAAUCCUGUGAUUAGAAACAAACACA